UGAGUGACGUCAUUCUUUCUCCUUUCUUAUGUGCCGCUCUGCCUGGGUUAGUUCAGUUGCGUUCGGAGGGGUAGCGGCGUGUUAUUUUGUUUUUUAGCCUCUGGAGUUUCGAAGUGAGCCAGAAAUAUCAGUUACUUUCCCUGAGCACUUCAUAAGAUGAAUGCAGUUGUUGGGAAUAAGAUGGUGCGUCAUUAGACACUACUCCUGCUGUAAGCCCAAGGAAAACCACAUCAAGAUGGUCAAGUACAGACUUAUCCUGCUGAGGCACGGUGAAGGUGCUUGGAACAAAGAGAAUCGCUUCUGCAGCUGGGUGGACCAGAAGUUGAGUCGUGAUGGGGUGAAGGAAGCUCAGAACUGUGGCAGGCACCUCAAAUCACUUGGUUUUGAAUUUGACCUGGUGUUUACAUCCAUCCUCAGCCGUUCUAUUCAGACUGCCUGGCAUGUGCUGGAGGAAAUGGGGCAGGAGUGGGUUCCCACAGAGGCUUCCUGGCGGCUGAACGAACGACACUAUGGUGCCCUCAUAGGCCUCAACCGGGCAGAAAUGGCUCUGAACCAUGGCGAGGAGCAGGUGAAAAGAUGGCGAAGGAGCUAUGAUGUCACCCCGCCUCCCAUCACUGAAGCCCAUCCUUACUAUCACGAAAUCUAUAGUGAUCGCCGAUACAGCCACUGUGAUGUGCCCUUGGAAAAGCUACCCAAGGCAGAAAGCCUAAAAGAAGUACUUGAUAGACUUCUCCCCUAUUGGAAUGAGAGGAUAGCCCCAGAAGUGAAGAGGGGCAAAACUGUCCUCAUUUCUGCUCAUGGGAACAGCACACGAGCUCUGCUGAAGCAUCUGGAAAACAUUUCUGAUGAGGCCAUAGUCAACGUGACUCUUCCUACCGGCAUCCCAGUCCUCCUUGAACUUGAUGAAAAUCUGCGCCCCCUCGGCCAGCAUCGGUUUCUUGGCGACCAAGAAGUAAUCCAAGCUGCCAUCAAGAAGGUGGAAGACCAAGGGAAGGCCACACCUGUUGUUAAGAAAUAAAGACCACUUUACAAAGGUUCCGUCCUUAGCUUUUGCCCUGUGUGGUAAAAGGUAAUGCUACACAAUUGUAUUAUGCUGAUGUCUUUGCUUUUAAAUUCAUAGCAGUUAGAUUUCAAGAGUACCUAUUUGGAGAGUAGAGUUCAGAUCCAGUGGAAUGUGCUUUGGCGAGAUUUAAUUCAGAACAAGAAACUACUCUUGAAUGGACAAUCUACAUCUUUCUAUAAGUAAGGGGUGGGCAAUUGUGGUGGGUCUGGGGGCCAUUUUUACCCAUCCCUGGACCUUGGUACACCUUAACCUUAACAUUCCCCUACAAUAAAUAAAGAAAUAGGCCUCUAAGGACAUGGUGGCUUGCUUACAGGCUAUUUGUGGGAAGCCCUUUUUAAAAGGCGUGAAAUAGCCUGUUUUAAGAAGCAGGAAAUGAUUGGUUGGUAUUUUGCCUACCCCUUCUAUAGGAGAAGCCUAGAGCAAAAUCAGUGUGUUACAGAUCAGUGUCGCAAAACACCAUUAUAAUCUAUGGAGGGAACACUGUAAUUGACAUGGGUCUUAAGCCAGGGAGAGGAGGGUAGUAAGUUCUCAGUUUCACAAAUACUGAAACUUCACAGAAAUGUUUGAUUUAGAAGUUGAGGAGUUUUUAUGGUUAGGCAUUAUACUGGAGGUUAAUCUUAUUUGUUAGAUGGAAAUGUGUUAUUUAUAUUGAUGGCUGACAAUGUAAUUGUGAAUAAAACCCUUAUUUUUAUGUACACAAAAAUA